AUGGGCGUGAACAGGGAGACCGCCACCUUCUUCAAGCGCGACUUCGAGGAGAACGGCUCCAUGGAGAACGUCGUGCUGUUCAUGAACCUGGCGAACGACCCCACCAUCGAGCGCAUCGUGACGCCUCGGCUGGCCCUGACCACGGCCGAGUACUUCGCGUACACGCGCGAGCAGCACGUGUUCGUCAUCCUCACCGACAUGUCCUCCUACGCCGACGCCCUCCGCGAGGUGUCCGCCGCGCGCGAGGAGGUGCCCGGACGUCGUGGCUACCCCGGGUACAUGUACACCGACUUGUCCACCAUCUACGAGCGCGCUGGCCGUGUGGAGGGCAAGACUGGUUCCAUUACGCAGUUCCCCAUCUUGACCAUGCCCAACGACGACAUCACGCACCCCAUCCCGGACCUGACCGGGUACAUUACAGAGGGGCAGAUCUUCGUGGACCGUUCCCUGCACAACAGGCAGAUCUACCCGCCGAUCAACGUGCUGCCGUCCCUCAGCCGGUUGAUGAAGUCGGGCAUUGGCCAGGGGAUGACUCGCAAGGACCACGGCAACGUGUCCGAUCAGCUGUACGCAAACUACGCAGAGGGCCAGGACACAAAAGCCAUGAAGGCCGUCGUCGGGGAGGAGGCCUUGAGCGAGGACGAGCACAAGUACCUAGAGUUCUUGGACAAGUUCGAAUUGAAGUUCCUGUCGCAGGGUCCUUACGAGAACCGCGACAUCUUCACCUCCCUGGAUCUCGCGUGGACACUGCUGCGGAUCUUCCCUCAGGACAUGCUCAAGAAGAUCCCUGCCAAAAUCAAGGACGAGUUUUACAGUCGCGAGGGCGAGAUUCAAAAGGCCGCGCAAGCCAUCCGCUCGUAG